GCACUUGACCGGUGAAUUGAGAUCCCAUUUCCUCUCUUCUUCUCUCUUUCCUGCCUCUAUCAGUCCUUCUCUCACCUGUCAAAGCAUUGUGAAAGCAUCAUGAGCAAAAGAGCCAUCCGAACCGACAACGCCCCGGCCCCCAAGCCAUUCUUCUCCCAGGCCAUCGUGCACGAGAAGAUGGUCUAUACCUCGGGCGCCGUGGGCAUGGAUCCUGCGACGGGACGGUUGGUCGAAGGGACUACUGGAGACCGCACGGUCCAAUGCCUGAAGAAUAUCUCCAACAUCCUCGAAGCUGCGGGGAGCUCCUUGGACAAUAUUAUCAAAGCCACAAUUUUCAUCGACGAUAUGAGUAACUAUGGGUCGAUGAAUGAGGCCUACUUGAAUGUGUUCAACAAUGGCACGCCGCCGGCACGCACGUGUGUGGCUGUGAAGCAGCUGCCGCUUGGGACGGAUGUGGAGAUUGAGGUGGUGGCUCAUCUUUGA